UCUUGUAGAUAGAGGUAUCUCUUUAGCCUCGAAGUACGAAUCUACAUCUUGCUAAAAUAUCAGUUCUUACUUGAUCCAGCAGCAACACAAAUCUUUUUGUUCACUAUCUGAGAAUUGAUUUUGGAAAGAUAAUGGGCCUGGAACCAAAGAAUCUUGAAUCUUCUAUCCCUGUUCCGAGUGUACAGGAGCUUGCCAGCCUGAAACUUGAGACCGUUCCAUCUAGAUACAUAAGAGAAGACAUGGACAGCAUCAUCGGCACCGUUCCCUCCGACAGAACUCUCCGAGUGCCGUUGAUUGAUAUGGCCAAGCUGGUCGAUUCAGAGUCUCAAGAGACAGAGCUUCAAAAGUUUCAUGCUGCUUGCAAAGAAUGGGGCGUUUUUCAGUUAAUAAACCAUGGAGUUUCAGCCGAAUCACUGAGAAACAUGAACAAGCAAACUCAUGAGUUCUUUGACCUUCCCUUAAAAGAGAAGAAACGCUGGGCACAGAAACCGGGAAGCCUUGAAGGCUAUGGUCAAGCAUUUGUGACCUCAGAAGAACAAAAGCUUGAAUGGAAUGACAUGAUUUUCCUCAAAGCUCUUCCCAUUGAAAACAGAAACCUCGAAAUGUGGCCCGAAAACCCUCCAAAAUUCAGGGAAUCCCUUGACAGGUAUUCUCAAGACAUGAGGCAAAUUGCCGUUGCCUUAACAAGAUUCAUGGCCAUGGGGCUUGAGAUUGAGAGUCAAGAGCUCUACGAUGCUUAUGAAGAAGGACUGUAUCAAAUAAGGAUGAAUUACUACCCAUCUUGUCCUCAACCUGAAAGAGUUAUGGGGUUAACCCCACAUGUUGACAUCCCUGGCUUCGCUCUUUUGCUUGAUUGUGGAGAUACACCUGGAUUGCAGGUUCUAAGGGAUGAUCAUUGGAUUUUUGUUGAACCUUUAGAUGGUGCCAUUGUUGUAAACAUGGGGCAGAUCACAGAGAUAUUAAGCAAUGGGCUAUACAAAGCACCAGAGCACAGAGCGGUGGUAAACAAAACAAAGGAGAGACGAUCCAUAGUUACCUUUUGCUAUCCUAACUUAUCUUUCAGAGUUGGUCCUGCCAAAGAACUAAUUAAGCUCGGAAGUCGACCGUUAUACAAGACUGUCACCGUGGAAGAGUAUAUCGGAUGCUUCAUCAAUCGAAAGCUGGAGGUUCCGUUCAUCGAUACCAUGAAAAUCUAAUAGCUUGCACAGACAGAACUGUGCUUUGAAUAAAAAAGCUGCCCUACAAAUUCUCAAUUUCUCAUAACUUCACGUUGAACGAUAUGAUUAGUAGCGUGAUUCUAAGCUAUGUGUGUG